GGAGGGGCCGUGGGAGCGCGCGGGAGCGCACGGCGGGGCGCGGCCGGUGCCGGGACGCUGCUCAUCCAGGGGGAACGCUGCUCAUCCAGGGACGAGGCCGGGUGCCCAUGGCGUUCGCACUGCUGCGCCCCGUCGGCGCGCACAUGCUGUACCCGGACGUGCGGCUGUUGAGCGAGGACGAGGAGAACCGGAGCGAGAGCGACGCCUCCGAUCAGUCGUUCGGCUGCUGCGAGGGCCUGGAGGCGGCACGGCGCGGCCCGGGCCCCGGGGGCGGGCGGCGGGCGGCGGGCAGCGCGGGCCCGGUGGUGGUGGUGCGACAGCGCCAGGCGGCCAACGCGCGGGAGCGGGACCGCACGCAGAGCGUGAACACGGCCUUCACGGCGCUGCGCACGCUCAUCCCCACCGAGCCGGUGGACCGCAAGCUGUCCAAGAUCGAGACGCUGCGCCUGGCGUCCAGCUACAUCGCACAUCUGGCCAACGUGCUGCUGCUGGGCGACGCGGCCGACGACGGGCAGCCGUGCUUCCGUGCUGCGGGCAGUGCCAAGAGCGCGGUCUCCGCCGCCCCCGACGGCGGCCGCCAGCCACGCUCCAUCUGCACCUUCUGCCUCAGCAACCAGCGAAAGGGGGGAAGCCGUCGUGACCUGGGGGGCAGCUGCUUGAAGGUGAGGGGGGUAGCCCCACUCAGAGUGCCACGGAGAUGAGCCUGGAUCCCUGUUUCAUUUGCUCCAAGCAGGACCCUGAGAAGAAGGCCAGAGGCCAGCCACUGGGUGAAAAGGGAAGAAGACCCCAGGAGCCAAACCUGGGUCCCUUCUUUGUGUAGGGACCAGAGGACAAUGACCUGGGCCCAUGUCCCUCAGAGCAGGCCCCCGGGACAUCUCCGCCCCACCCUGGAGAGCCGUGAGGACCCGUCCAGCCGGCCCCAGCCCUGGCUGGUCAGAGACAAGGCAGAUCUUUUGGGAAAACAUAGACUGUUGGUGACAGGAUGUGUGCAUGUCUAUGGAUGAGCAUGGGUGUAUGUGUGAGAGAGAGAAUUAAUGGGUUUAAAAUAAAAGGUAUUUUUAAGUAAAA